AGACGAGAGCCCUCGUCAAAAAGGCAGCCUGCGCACCUCAAAACACCCCAUCCCCAUCUCCGACCCACCACCUGCACCGCAACACCACACCCGCACUCUCACCCGCACCCUCCGUCCGCGCCCCUACCACACCCACACCCGCAAUCCCACCUGCAACUCCGUCGAAAUGGCUAACGAGCGCGAGAGGUACGUCCGCGAUGCCCCCGAGCCCUGCGGCUAUCUUGGCCCAUUGACCACGGAAAACAGCAAGACGUUCCUGGCCCGGCUCUGCGAACAGGCUGAGCGCUACGACGAGAUGGUCACGUACAUGAAGGAAGUCGCAAAGAUUGGCGGCGAGUUGACCGUCGACGAGCGCAACCUGCUGUCCGUCGCCUACAAGAACGUCGUCGGCACGCGACGCGCUUCCUGGCGCAUCAUCUCGUCCAUCGAGCAGAAGGAGGAGUCCAAGGGCUCGGACAAGCACGUCACCACGAUCCGCGAGUACCGAAAGAAGAUCGAGGACGAGCUCGAGAAGGUCUGCCAGGAUGUGCUCAACGUGCUCGAUGAGUCCCUCAUCCCCAAGGCCGAGUCUGGCGAGUCCAAGGUCUUCUACCACAAGAUGAAGGGCGACUAUCACCGCUACCUUGCCGAGUUCGCGUCCGGCGAGAAGCGCAAGGUUGCUGCGACUGCCGCGCAUGAGGCGUACAAGACGGCCACGGAUGUUGCUCAGACCGAGCUCACUCCGACCCACCCGAUCCGUCUCGGUCUCGCUCUGAACUUCUCGGUCUUCUACUACGAGAUCCUGAACUCACCGGACCGCGCCUGCCAUCUUGCCAAGCAGGCCUUCGACGACGCCAUUGCCGAGCUCGACUCGCUCUCGGAGGAAUCCUACCGCGACUCCACGCUCAUCAUGCAGCUCCUCCGGGACAACCUCACGCUCUGGACCUCAUCGGACGGCGGCGAGGCUGAGCCGUCUGCCGAGGCGUCUGCCCCCAAGGAGGACAAGCCAGCGGAGGCCGAGAAGCCAGCUGAGCCAACCGAGGAGCAACCGCCGGCUCCUACGGCUGCCUAAACGCAACCCCCAUCUCUCGACCUUGUUUUCCUUCCUCAGCCGCCGUCAUCUAUUCCCGGAUAGACGAAGGAGGCUGUCCUGGCAGCGAGCGUCUACGGAGUUGAGUGUGUAUGUGUUUCUUGCAAAAUCGGUUUCAGCGAGCGGACGGAUUCCCCCACGACUUAUGUCUUUCCUCUA